AGCGGCGGCGGCGGCGUGGAGUAAGGGGCUCAUGGCGGCCAUAGGCGUCCAUUUGGGUUCCACCUGCGCCUGUGUGGCCGUCUAUAAGGAUGGCCGUGCAGAUGUGGUUGCCAAUGAUGCAGGUGAUAGAGUCACACCAGCUGUUGUUGCUUACUCAAAAAACGAAGAGGUGGUUGGUUUGGCAGCAAAACAAAGUAGAGUAAGAAAUAUUGCAAAUACAGUAGUGAAAGUAAAGCAGAUUCUUGGGAGAAGCUCUGGUGACCCACAAGCUGAGAAAUAUAUUGCAGAAAGCAAAUGUCCAGUCACUGAGAAGAAUGGAAAACUCCAGUAUGAAAUAGAUAACAAACUUGUUUGCCCUGAAGAAGUUGCAAAACUCAUAUUCAGUAAAAUGAAAGAAACUGCUCAGUCUGCUUUGGGUUCCGAUGUCAGUGAUGUGGUUAUUACUGUGCCAUUUGAGUUUGGAGAGAACCAGAAAAAUGCCCUUGGGCAAGCAGCUGGGGCAGCUGGAUUUAAUGUUCUGAGAUUAAUUCAUGAGCCAUCUGCAGCUCUCUUGGCGUAUGGAAUUGGACAAGAUUCACCCACUGGGAAAAGCAAUGUGUUGGUUUUUAAGCUUGGAGGAACAUCGCUCUCUGUGACAGUUAUAGAAGUAAAUAGUGGAAUAUAUCGUGUUCUUGCCACAAACACAGAUGAUAGUAUAGGUGGUGUCUGUUUCACAGAAGCCUUAGCACAACAUUUAGCUUCUGAAUUUCAGAGAUCUUACAAACAUGAUGUAAGAGGAAAUUCCAGAGCUAUGAUGAAGCUAAUGAACAGCGCUGAUGUUGCAAAGCACUCUUUGUCAACCUUGGGAAGUUCGAACUGUUUCGUAGACUCAUUAUAUGAUGGUCUGGAUUUUGAUUGUAAUGUGUCCAGGGCCAGAUUUGAACUGAUUUGUUCUCCACUUUUUAAUAAAUGUGUAGAAGCAAUUAAAAAAGUCUUGCAACAAGUUGGAUUUACAGCAGAUGACAUUAACAAGGUAGUUCUAUGUGGUGGGUCUGCUCGAAUUCCAAAGCUACAACAGCUGAUUAAAGACCUUUUCCCAGCUGUGGAGCUGCUGAAUUCUAUCACACCAGAUGAGGUCAUUCCCAUUGGGGCAGCCACAGAAGCAGGGAUCCUAGUAGGGAAAGAGAACCUCUCGUUAGAGGAGGAGGCACUAUCUAUUGAGUGUUCUGCCAAAGAUAUUCUAGUUAAGGGUGUAGAUGAAUCGGGGACUGACAAAUUCACAGUGCUGUUUCCAUCAGGAACUCCCUUGCCAGCACGAAGGCAGCACACACUACUUGCCCCAGGAAAUAAUUCCUCUGUAUGUCUUGAACUAUAUGAGUCUCUAGGCAAAAGUCCUGCAAAAGAGGAAGACAAAUUUGCACAGAUUGUACUCCAGGAUUUAGAUAAAAAGGAAGGAGGUCUUCAUGACAUAUUAACUAUUCUCACUAUGAAAAGGGAUGGAUCCUUACAUGUUACCUGCACAGAUCAAGAUACAGGAAAAUGUGAAGUCAUCACUGUUGAAGUGGCAUCAUAGUUUCAUUUGAAAGGAGACUCUUUUUGUUGGCUUGUUUCCCAAACGUGUGUGUGAGUGUGAGAGAGAGGGAGAGAAAAAAAUACUUUUAAUGAGCCAUUGCAGACUGGAAUAAAUUAGAUAACAGCAUUUCAGCACCAAAUCUUUUAUUUAUUUUUUUUAAGUUACAAAUGAAAAUAUAAUGCAAAAGGUCACCCCAAACUUUCAGAUAAUAGAGAGAGUAAUGCAAAUCCCCAUCUAUCUAUCGAUAUUUAAGUUUCCAAAAGUGACACAUCCAAAUGUUUUUAUUAUUCAGUAAUAGGUUUAUUACAGAAUGAAGACUUUUCAAAUCAUAUGAUUUAAGUUAGGGGUUCCUGCUUCCUAUCUCAUUAACCUAAUAGAGACAUAGACCCUUUUGGAACUGUUGAUACAUCAGUCAUAAACAGCCAACCAGUGAACAAGCAAAAAUCAGUCACCUGUUUGUAGUUGGGUCCUUAAAGUUUGUACCAAGUUGUAUCAAAACUUGAGUAACGAAACUGCUUCUCAAGACUGCAAGGUGUGAUCCCUUUUGGAGUUGAGAGUCCUGUGUGCAGAUUUCGCUGUUCAAGCUAAUGUCAAAUGGCUUUGUGAUCACUACAUGGAAAACCUGUAUGAGGGAAGACAUUCGUGUGUAUUUGUUUACUUAUGGAAUAGCAAUAAAAUGGUUUUAUAUACA